UGUGUAGAAAUUACAGGGGUGGAGAGAUAAAAAAGGAAAACAGAGAGUGUGUAUGUCCGUUUGUGAGAAGCUCACUGUUUCCUCUAUAGAGUAGAGAGAGAGAGAGAGAGAGAGAGGUGUACUGCACACAGAAAACCCAUAGAAAUUGUGAGAGAGAAGAGAGGAGAAAGGUGUACUGCAUUCUCUUCUUCUUUUACUUAAAAAAACCUCAUUUCUCUUCAGUUUCUGGAGGACGAAACCAGUUAGAGGCUUUGGGUGAAUUUUGAAGGGUCUGAAGUGUUGAGAUAAUGUUAAGGCCAACGAUCAGAUCGAACCUCAAAGAUCAACACAGGGAUCACUUGAUUUCUGAUGCUAGUUCAGAGUCGAAAGUUCACUCUGUUAUUUUUGGUCAAAAACAUAAAAAUAGUCCAUAUUUUAACGUCCCUGGGGUAUUUGUGGGGUUCGAUCCUAAGAGUUCAGAAUCUGAUUCAGAGAGAAGCCCUACUUCCCCAUUAGAUUAUCAGGUUUUCUCUAAUAUGGGCAAUCCGCUUAAGCCCCGAAUAUCAUCAAAUGAGGUGCAUCAAAAGAGCUGGGAUUGUAGCAAAGUCGGUCUAAGUAUUAUAAAUUCUCUUUACAAUGAAAAUAAAUACUCAGGGAAGGUUAACCGGUCAUCUGAUAGUAAAAAUAUUCUUUUUGGACCAAAAAUGAGGAUCGCAAAAGCAAAUUUUCCAGGUUGCAUCGAUUCUCUUGAAGUUCCAAGAUCAUUGCCAAAAAAUGUUGCCAUUUUUCCAAAUGACAUGGCAAAACCACCCAAUCACAUAAAGGACAAUUCUGAUGUCUUGUUCGAAAUUGGAGGAGCCACAUUUGAGCCAGAGCAGUUUGAGAAAAAUCUUCACUCCUGUUCGUUAGAUUCCGGAAGGUCUUGGUCGCAUUUAACCAAUUUUGGAAACUGUAAGCCCAAACCGUUGUCUGGUAACUUGAAUUCCAAGAAUGCAAUAAGCCACAUGUUUUCAGAAUCAAAGUUAGGCGAUUCAUCUGAAUGGAAGCUGAGUUCAAUUCCGGCAUCAAUUAGCUGUGGAACUGGUUUUAUUGGUUCUGUUCCGGCAAGGGAGGUUGAGCUUUCUGAGGAUUAUACCUGUGUGAGAACACAUGGCCCUAACCCCAAAGUUACUCAUAUCUUUGGUGACUGCAUUUUAGAAUGUCAUGACAAAUUAUCCAACGUUUUCAAGGAAAAUGUAGAGGAAAUUGCAUUGCCUCAGGUGGCAGAAUGCUCUGACGUUUUUUCUUCUUAUCCCUCCAGCGAUUUCUUGAAAUGUUGUUACUCUUGCAAGAAGAAAUUGGAAGGGGAAGAUGUUUACAUGUACAGAGGUGAGAAAGCGUUUUGCAGUUGGAGUUGCCGUUCACAGGUUAUUUUGAUUGAUGAAGAGGUGGAGAAAGCAAGCAAUAAUUCUUCUGAAAACUCUGUUUAUCCAAACAGCAGGGAAGAAAAUUUUGAGAGCAGCUUGUUUAUAUCUACAUAGGAUACUGCGAUUGCAUCGCCUUUUGCACCAUGCCCAUGAUCGAUGAAACCACCACAUAGGUAUAAACCUCUGAUCUUCCGUUUAUUGAGAGCUGUUUGUGUAUCUGUUAGCAGCCUUGGAUGAUCUUUUGUACCUUAUGCUGUUCUACUUUCGUCUCUCAUGGUCUUUGUGGGUAAUAUAAACCACCAGAUUUUGAUUUACAUAAUCCCAACUUUCGGUCAAUGAUAGAAGAGAGUCUCGAUAGCCUUCGAUGCUAUGUGGCCCCGGACUUUGUCCUCUGUUCUAUGUUUGGAACAGGAGUUGAUGUUUUUUGCCUUGAUGGAUCUUUUUGAAUUAGUAUAAAUGGCUUUUGUGAAUA